AUCAACGUUACCACACAACACUCACAUAGUAAGCGAGUGAGAGUGGCAAUCUCGUAAUAUUCUCACGGUCCCACUCCAAAGUCCAAAACCAACAACCGAUCUGGUCUCUUUCUUUUGUAAUCACUUUCGUUAUUUUUCUGUCUCACUUUUAUAUUGUAUCCGUUAAAACACCACUCUCUUUUACGCUUACCUUUUCGAUGCCUAUAACUAAUUUUCCAAAACACAAACGUUAACUCCAAACAACCAUGUCGGAUUCCGCUACUCCUCUCAUGAGUUUGAAGGUACUCAUUUUAGCAGGAAUUUUUCUCAUCAUCUUAAUAAUUAUCGUGCUUCUCAUAUUCUUAUGCUUUCGCGGUAGCCGAAGCUGCAAGAAACGGAAGAUGUUACCGAAGCUACACAGCUCCGGCACCACUCCUUUAGUUUCAAAGGAGAUCGCGGUGGUUAGGGAGAUUGACCUCACGCGCUCCACUGAAAAACAGACGCGGAUUGAGAUUAUUGAAGAUGAUGAUGAUGGUGUGAAGAAGGAGGCAGAGAUGAAGGUUGAAAUUGGAGUGGUUAGGAAAAGUGACGUGUCGUGUGGGACCUACAUGCAGGAGGAUCCAAACAUAGGGUGGGGUCGGUGGUAUAGUUUGAAGGAAGUGGAAAUUGCGACACGCGGAUUUGCGGAAGGGAAUGUGAUUGGUGAAGGAGGGUAUGGAGUUGUUUAUAGAGGUGUUUUGCAAGAUGGUUCUGUUGUUGCAGUUAAGAAUCUUCACAACAACAAGGGUGAAGCUGAGAAGGAGUUUAAAGUGGAGGUUGAAGCCAUUGGCAAAGUAAGGCAUAAGAAUUUAGUUCGUUUAGUAGGAUAUUCUGCAGAAGGUGCUAGAAGGAUGCUUGUUUAUGAAUAUGUUGAGAAUGGAAAUUUGGAGCAUUGGCUGCAUGGUAAUGUAGGACCGGUUAGUCCGUUGACGUGGGAGAUUCGAAUCAAGAUUGCCAUUGGGACUGCAAAAGGGUUAACCUAUUUGCAUGAAGGCUUAGAACCCAAAGUUGUGCACAGAGAUAUAAAAUCCAGUAACAUCCUUUUGGACAAAAACUGGAAUGCCAAAGUUUCGGAUUUUGGACUUGCCAAGCUCUUAGGAUCUGAGAAAACUCAUGUAACAACGCGUGUAAUGGGAACAUUUGGGUAUGUUUCCCCUGAGUAUGCAAGCACAGGUAUGCUUAACGAGCGUAGCGAUGUUUAUAGUUUUGGAGUUCUACUCAUGGAAAUAAUCACGGGAAGAAGCCCUAUUGAUUAUUCAAAACCACCCGGAGAGAUGAAUUUGGUAGAUUGGUUUAAGGCAAUGGUAGCAAGUCGUCGCAGUGACGAGCUAGUGGAUCCUCGAGUUGAGAUUCCACCUUCUCCAAGAUCUCUGAAGCGAGUUUUACUGAUCUGCCUACGCUGCAUUGACUUGGAUGUCAUCAAGCGACCGAAGAUGGGUCAAAUUGUUCAUAUGCUUGAGUCAGAUGAUUUCCCCUUUCGUUCUGAGCUACGUACAAUUAGGGACAAAGAUUCUGUGCCUUCUCAAGCAGAUGUUUCCAUCAAAGUUCCAUAUCCUCGAAAGCAUAUAGAACCUGCGGAAAAAUCAAUGCCUAGAUGAUUGGUUUGUACUUGAUCGUGCAGUGGUGCAACUAAGCUUGUCAAAUUUAUUUGUUCUUAUGCAUAUCUUAUAAUUCCUUUAGGUCCUUACUCCUUUUGUUGUAGUAUAGUGUAUUGCUUUACUGUGGGAACUAGGAAGCGAGGUGAGGCUUGUAUAUAUGUUCCUAUAUUUAUCAAUUCUUUUUGUCUGCAUGUAGUCAUUCAUAUCUUUCUUCAAAAUUACAUAAAUAAGUAUUCAGAAAA